UGAUAAUCUGACCGGGGGGUUCUUGGUAGCAACUACGGAUUGGGAAUCUACAUUGUGCCCACGACUUUCGCACGUCAAUUGAAAUUUUGAAUUCGAAACCAAGACAACACCACUAUGUGUAAACAUAUUUUAAAUGCCCAAGUUUCGAUAAGGAGUGCAUGCUGCAAAAAAUGGUUUGACUGUGCAGAAUGCCAUGCCGAGCAAGAAUCUCAUCCACUCUUACAAACUUUUGAUAUGACAUUUAUUUGCAAAAAGUGUCGCAAAGCAUUUCGAAAAGACACCCGGGAUUGGGAUGAGAGCGACGAAUACUGUCCGAAUUGUGACAAUCAUUUCGUGAUAGACGCCAAAACGCCCCAGGCAGCACUUAAAAUUGAGAGCGACGACACGAGGAUGGAUGCAAGAAUGCUCAAGGAUGAACGGGUUCGACAGCCAGAACAAAGAACCAUCUUCGAUGUCAGAGAGGCGGCGGAGAAGCUUGGUUAAUGUCGAUAUGGUACAUUGACGAAAUGAAUGAUGAACAAUUCCGCCUCAUGCCCCCAGAGCACAGCACAUGGAGAAGGAAAAACUCUCCCGCUGUUCUAAAAAUGUAGGGCAAGCAGAAACAAAAAUGCCAUGAUCAAAGACUUCUUUCUUGGUUUUCAUUUAUCACCAGAAC